UUUUUCAUUUCAUAGCUUAGUAUUAAAUAAUCAAUAUGUCGCUUUACACGUAUUUUUUGUUGUGUUUUGUAACCUUUAUAUGUGUUGAAGGUGAAAAUAAUGAAUCAAAGCUAGUAAAAACUUCACAAGGUAGCGUGCGUGGAUACAAGGAACCUGACACAAAUGUCUUCGUCUUCUAUGGCAUACCUUACGGUACAGCUCCAACUGGCAUAUUUAAGUUUCAGGCCCCGUUACCGCCGCCGGCAUGGCUUCAACCCUUUGAAGCUACUAAUAGAAACAUCAUUUGCCCUCAAGCACGUACCCCAUCACUCAAUCUGGAAAAUAAGAAGAUGCAAGAAGAUUGUCUCAUUGCAAACGUAUAUAUUCCUGAUACUCAAGAAAAGAACUUGCCAGUGGUAGUUUAUAUACAUGGUGGAUCUUUCCAAGUAGGUUAUGGCGAUAUGACGCCACCUACAAAAUUUGUAUCUCAGAAAAAUAUUAUUGGUGUCACAUUUAACUACCGACUUGGAGUUAAUGGAUUUUUGUGCUUGGGUACGUUAGGAGCUCCUGGUAAUGCGGGUAUGAAGGACCAAGUUGAACUCUUACGCUGGGUUAAAAGAAAUAUUGCUAACUUUGGCGGAAACCCGGACGAUAUUACCAUUGUCGGCUGUAACGCGGGAGCAAUUUCAGCGGAGUUACUCAUAUUGUCCAAGUCUACCAAAAAUUUAUUUCAUAAAAUGAUAUUAGCAUACGGUCCUAAUAAUGGCUUCAUUGCAAUGCAAACCGAUCCAUUAGAGACAGCUAAAGUAUUUGCUAAAUCUCUAAAUUUUACUAAUGUGGAUAAUGUAUACGCUUUGGAAGACAUGUAUAAAGAAAUCUCCAUGGAAUUAUUAACUAAAGAGAUGUUUAACGAUAAGACCAAUUUUGCUAACAGGUUUACUCCAUGCGUAGAGCGAGAUACGAAAGAAGAUUACGUAUUCUUAGAUGACGCCCCAGUCAAUAUUAUAAAACGAGGAAAAUAUCGUAAGAUUCCAAUAUUAUAUGGGUUCGAUGAUACAGACGGUUUAUUGCAGAAGUCGGACUUUGAUAUUUUGCAUGAAAGAAUGAAUACCAAUUUCUAUGAAUUCCUGCCCGUUGAUUUAGAAUUUGAAAGCAAAGACGAGAAAAGACAAGUAGCGAUAAAGAUUAAAGAAUUUUAUUUCGGUGAUAAGCCGAUAAGCAAAGAUAUUAAUGUUUCAAGUGUAAUUGAUUACAUUAGUAACGUAUUAACGACAUAUACUACUUCAAAGACUAUCAGAUUACAUGUCGAAGCAGGUCAUGAUAAAAUAUUUUUGUACAAAUAUACACUCAAGGCCAAACUCCCGGGGGUGCCGUUUACAAACUUAUUAGACGCAACUCAUUGCCGUCAACUAACAGAUGUAUUGGAAGGCGAAGUCAAACAGAAUGGUAACAAUAUUGAUAAAGAGCAUGAAUCUAAUAAAAUCAUAUCUGAGUUGUGGUUCAACUUCAUCAAAACAGGGAAACCAGUGCCAGAAAAUUCUUCGCUGCCGCCAUGGCCACCAGUCGAAGUUGAUAGAUCGUCGUACGUGUCUCUUGGGCAAACUAUAGAAUUAAAACAAGGAGAUUUAAACGACCGAGUACAUUUCUGGGACGCUUUAUACGAGAAGUAUUAUCGAGCACCCAUACCACCACCAAAGCCGCCGAUUCGACACACAGAGUUAUAAGGUAUAUUUAUUAUAUUAACUAUACUUAUUAUGAUAUGCAUAUAUGUAUAAAAGGCUCCAAAUCUUAAACUUCAUCUAGGAGGCAUUUUUUUUUGUAAAUUAAAUCUUUUCACUUACAAAAAUAAAAAAUAUCCAAUAAAUAAAAAAUGAGUGAUGUUAAUUGUAUAGGUACAUUUCCUCGAAAUUGUCAAUAUUUAAAUAUUAUAAGUAAAAAAAAUAUUGCAUAUUUUUUGUUAUAGUUAAAAGUCUACCUUAUGUCAAUACGUUAAGUAAGUUAUGAUUCAGUAAAAAAUUAUCGAGGUUGUAAAAGCCAUUGUGAUAAGAAAUAAAGACGUUGAUUUUUUUAUUUA